AUGGCCAACACCACAGGGCUGAACGCCACAGAAGUCGCAGGCUCGGUGGGGCUAGUCCUGGCGGCCUUCGUAGAGGCGGCGACACUGCUAGGCAACGGCGCAUUGCUGGCCGUAGUGCUGCGCACGCCAGGGCUGUGCGACGCGCUCUAUCUGGCGCACCUGUGCGUCGUGGACCUGCUGGCGGCCGCCUCCAUCAUGCCCCUGGGCCUGCUGGCCGCGCCGCCGCCGGGGCUAGGCCGCGUGCGCCUGGGCCCGGCGCCAUGCCGCGCCGCGCGCUUCCUCACCGCUGCGCUGCUGCCGGCUUGCACGCUCGGCGUGGCCGCACUAGGCCUAGCGCGCUACCGCCUCAUCGUGCACCCGCUUCGGCCCGGCGCGCGGCCGCCGCCCGCGCUUGUGCUCGCCGUCGUGUGGGCCGCGGCCGGGCUGCUGGGCGCGCUCUCGUUGCUCGGGCCUCCGCCCGCACCGCCCCCUGCCCCGGCGCGCUGCUCGGUCCUGGCUGGUGGCCUCGGGCCCUUCCGACCACUCUGGGCGUUGCUGGCCUUCGCGCUGCCCGCCCUCCUGCUGCUUGGUGCUUAUGGCAGCAUCUUCCUUGUGGCCCGCCGUGCCGCUCUGCGCCCCCCGCGGUCCAUGCGAGGGUCCCGGCUGCGCUCCGACUCUCUAGACAGCCGCCUCUCAAUCCUGCCGCCACUCCGACCUCGCCUGCCCGGGGGCAAGGCGGCCUUGGCCCCAGCGCUGGCCGUGGGCCAAUUCGCAGCCUGCUGGCUGCCCUACGGCUGCGCGUGCCUGGCGCCUGCAGCACGAGCCGCAUCGGCUGAGGCGGCAGUCACCUGGGUGGCCUACUCUGCCUUCGCAGCUCACCCCUUCCUGUACGGCCUGCUGCAGCGCCCUGUGCGCAGAGCGCUGGGCCGCCUUGCCCGCCGUGUGCUGCCCAAGCCCCCAAGGACCUGUGCUCUGCAGGCCUGGCACCCUCGAGCUUUCCUGGAGCUCCUCCAGGGACACCCGGACAGCCCUGCCCUAGGCCCUUCUGAGGUCCCAGAACAGCCCCCUCAGCCGGAGGGAGAGGGGAGCCUGAGUAUGCCAGAGGCCACCUGA